AUGGUGAACUCAGAUAAGAAGACUGUUCAAGAUCCUAAAGAAUCUCCUCAAGUUGUGUCUGCUAUAAAUGAUCCUCCAGUUUGGGCUUGGCAGCUCAAACAUGAUAUUGAUGAGAUGAAGGAGAUGGGAUCUAAAGUGGACUCUCUAGCAGAAGCUUUAAAGGAGAUUAAGUUAUGUAUAUCUGCGAGGACAUCAUCUACUGAGACCCAGAAUGAUUCUAAAUAUGAUAAGAAGAGUAGUAGUGAUGGUAUAGAUAUUAAGCAGAAGCCUGGUACUGGUUCGGGAUCUGAUAAGAUGAUUGAUGAGAUCAAUCAUCCUGAUGAUACUGUGGUGUCGAUAAGUUCCCAAGAGUUGCAUACCUUUGGUUCUGGACCCAAGGUUAAGGCUCUUGAUGUUACUAAGGCUUCUAAACGAGCCAAGGCUAUGGGCACUAUUGAAGGUGGGCUUUAUCAGGGAACCACUGAUGAGAGAGGUUUUGUGGCGUUUAGAAGAAUGAUAUUGGAUACCCCUGAAGUUGAGUUUGGUCCUUCUACUGAGCAGCAGUGGGCAUUCGUCUUCUUCUAUAUUACAGCAAAUGUGACUGUUCCUAUCAAGAAGCUCAUUACAAAUACUUGUAGAAAGAAUGGUGAUACUUCGUUUAAGGAGAGGUUGGUUACUGCAUGGUCAGUAUUAAAAUCUUAUAGUGAUCUGUCUGAUGAACUCUCUCUAUCAACUCGGUGGGAAUCUCUAUCUUGUAGUAGUCCUACGGAACUAGAACAGUUUAUUGCUGAUUUAGAGUGUAUUCGUGAUCAGCUGGUCUAUCAGCGUGGUUCGGAAUUAUCCGACGUUGAGCUACGUGGUCGUCUGUAUGGUGGACUACCCAUUGAAGCUCAGAAGUAUGUUGAUAGUUUACCCAAGGGUUCUUGUGCUACCUAUGAUAUGAUGGUUGAGGAGGCUAAGAAGUGGAGCCGCUUAUCGGUGAGGUAUGAUGAUAAGAGCAGUAUGAAUAAGUUCAAAGCUACAUCUAAAGCGGUGCCUACGAAGAAGAACCCUGCUCCUAAGAAGACUGCUACUAAUGUGGAGUUGAAUGUUGCUGAGACUGCUACUUCACCAGAUGAUAGAAACCAU